UGGAGGAACCAUUUGUACUGUGCAAGCAGAGUAAGCAGCUAAAUGAAUUUACAGCUGAUCGUAACGGAAACAUAUAUUUAAUUUACAGUCUGAUUUCGGUUUGUAGCUCUGAAGAGGUUAUUCGUUACAAAGGGAUCCUUUCUUCAGUGCCAACAAAACUGAGAAAUUUAACUAUAUUCAAAAUUCAUCGCUGGUCACACACAGCCGACAGACUUGGCUGAAGGAGGGAAGACGAUGCCGUUGGACCAACUGCAGAAGAUAAUCCAUAACCCGGUUAUUCCAUACACUGGGACAAUCCUUAGUGGUCUUCUUCCUGGAGAACUAGUUGUAAUACAGGGAAGUGUUCCCGAUGAUUCCGACAGGUUCCAGGUAGACUUCCAAUGUGGCAGUAGCACAAAACCUCGUGCUGAUGUGGCCUUUCACUUCAAUCCCCGCUUCAAAAGAUCGGGCUCCAUAAUCUGUAACACUCUGGAAAAAGAAAGAUGGGGUUGGGAGGAGAUCACUUAUCAGAUGCCUUUUCAAAAAGGGAAGCCAUUUAAGAUUGUCUUUAUGGUUUUGAAGGAUAAAUUCCAGGUGUCUGUAAAUGAAAAACAUUUGCUGCUGUACAACCACAGAAUUAACCUGGAAAGAAUAGAUACACUCGGGAUAUAUGGGAAAAUACAGAUUCAGACUAUACAGUUUAUUUCUAAUAAUUCUUUACAAGGCUCUCAGCCAUCAUCUUUAGGAAUAACAAAGAUAAAGUCAGAAAAUGGAGAAAUGCCUGAUGGUUCACAACUUGUGGUUCCUUACAUUGCCAGACUUAAUUCUGCACUUCGUCCUGGACGGACAGUUGCCAUCAAAGGAGAAGUGAAUAAAAACUCAAACAGCUUUGCUGUUAAUCUAAAAUCAAGUGACUCAAAGGAUAUCGCACUGCAUUUGAAUCCCCGAAUGAAAACAAAUGUUUUCGUGAGAAAUUCUUAUCUUUCUGAUAGCUGGGGAGAAGAAGAAAAAGAUGUCACUAAUUUCCCUUUCAGCCCAGGAAUGUACUUUGAGUUGUUAAUUUUCUGUGAUGUUCAUCAGUACAAGGUUGCUGUAAAUGGUGUGCACAUCCUGGAGUACAAGCAUCGAUUUAAACAGCUUGAAAAGAUCAACAUAUUGGAGGUUACUGGUGACAUUCAGUUACUGGAUGUGAGGAGCUCAUAGCAUCCUAUUCUGCCACCCUAUGUUAACCCUCUGCUGCCGUCUACUCAAGUACAAACUGGUAUUGAAUAGCCCAGAUCUUUGUCCCAUUUAUCCAAGUUUCUGUAUUGGUGCUUAUCACGAAGUUGAGCCCCAGGAGUCAAAAUCUUAUUAGACUAGAUCUUCCCCAGUUUUCAGUAUCUUGGCAAACUAAAGUCACAUUAUCUACUUUAGUAGGCAUAGAACUCCUGUUAUAUGAAGAAUUCAAUUACUGUACCUAGCAAUAUAAAGAUUUGCUUUAUAGUAUUAGAAUAACUGCAAAAUAUUUUGUAAAUUAGAACACAAUGCUGGACUAUGGAAUACUAAUAACUAUACAUUGUCUGUUAAGAGCUGGACUGAAAUAUGAUCUGUGUCUGAAAAUGGACUGUCAACCUCUUAAUGGAUCUAAUCAAGUUCUAAGUGUAUUUUAACCCUUAUUGUUUAUACGCAAAGUUAAAUGGGAAUUACAUAAGGAAAAUGUACUCUAAUUAUACAGAGAGCACAUCUGCAGUCUCAUUGCUUUACUCUGGUUUUUAUGUUAAUAUAACUUGAAAUUAGUAAUAUUAGACCAGGGUAAACCUGGAAUAAUGCCAUGAUGAAUCAGAACCCUGCUAUAUUAAACUAGCGAAUGUUAGUGUUAGCUCUAUAUCUUGAAAAGCCCCAAAAGCCCCUAUUUCAGCCCCAAACCUAAAACAUCUAAACAAAGUUCCCUCACAGCAUGUCAGCUGUAAUUUUUUGAAAACAAAACAAAAACCAAAACAACCUCCCUGGGGGCCUAGUGAUUUUAUUUUCUUAUCUGUUGCACUGCAGCACAGAUGCUAUAAGCCACUUCCUUGACUUUCGUAGUCAUGUCAGCUCCGAAGUGGCAUAAGUCAAGCCCACAGAAACCCCCCUGACCAUUAUGGUGGAAUUCUGUAAUUUUAGCCGAGAUCAAAGUGAAGUAACGCUAUACUCUAUUUGACUGAUUUUGCUAGCUCUUAUCUUGUCGAUUUUUGGAGCUGCGGUAUUAUAAGAGUCUAAAAAAAAGAGCUCUUAUCUUGCUCAGGAAUAGAAGUAGUUAUAUCUGUGUUUAUUUAAAGGGUGUGGGACCCAUGGAUGCUAUGCAUUAAAUCUGAGCUCAGAGGAAAUAUUCAUGUUGAUAGUCAAGAAUGUUCACCUACAACCCCAUUGACUAAGUUGCACUAUAAUAUGCUAUCUGAAAAACAUUUUGUAAAAAAUACUGAUUAGCAUAUAGAUGGACCCCCUGAUGCCAACAUGAUUAACAUGUCCCUGAGGAAGUCUUUUAUAUGAUGCAUUUGUAACAGUUUACAAGGAAAAGUCAGUAUUGUCUGUGAUACCAUUUCCCUAGAAUAUAUGUAGGCCCUUAAGUUAAAAAUGGAAGUGUUCUGAUCCAGUAUUUCUAUAACUUCAUGUCCUAUCUAGUUACUUGCUAAUGGUUUUCAGAUGGGGAAACUUGGUGUGGGGAAUAAAAUGUGAAACAAGUCUUAAAAAAGUCAGUUAUUGCAGUUCAAAUGUAUAAUAGAUGCCUUAAGAAUAAAUGAGUUGGCUGCUGUGAAAUUGUAUAAAGCAAAGACGAUUUUCCAAAAAUUAAAUCUCAAUUGUGAGCUAUGA